CAGGCGCGGGUGUCCCACAACCGGAAGCAGCGCGGGGCCAGGCAUGGCGGCGGCGGCGGCGGCGGCGGCAGCAGAGGGUGUCCCCGCGGCCCCAAGAGAGGAGCCGGUUCGAGACGAUGCCGCCGUGGAGACAGCUGAGGAAGCAAAGGAGCCGGCUGAGGCUGACAUCACCGAGCUCUGCCGGGACAUGUUCUCCAAAAUGGCAACUUACCUGACUGGGGAACUGACGGCCACCAGCGAAGAUUAUAAGCUCCUGGAAAAUAUGAAUAAACUAACCAGCCUGAAGUAUCUUGAAAUGAAAGAUAUUGCUAUAAACAUUAGUAGAAACUUAAAGGAUUUAAACCAGAAAUAUGCUGGACUGCAGCCUUAUCUGGAUCAGAUCAAUGUAAUUGAAGAGCAAGUGGCGGCUCUUGAGCAGGCAGCCUACAAGUUGGAUGCAUAUUCCAAAAAACUGGUUAAAUUUACUAAAUGGUGACUGAAACUUACUGUAUAGAAGGCAUUGUACCAGAUGACUUCAAGAAGCCAAGUACAAGAAGCUGGAGAAGCGAUGAAAAACUUACUCCUGUGGAUCAAAGUCUUUUUUAAUAUGGAAGAAUGUUUUAUAAGACCUGAAUCCUGAGGCUGAUGAAUUGUCAAAACUCCUCGAAAGGAAACUGUGCUGGUCAUCCCAGAAAUGUACCAACAUUGGAGUGAACUGGAGGACUAUGGCUACCCCUGAACUUCUUUUGAGGCAGUAUCCCUCAGAAACUCACACUUAUAACUUCUUACCUUUUACUUGAAUGUUUCAUCAUCCACUCAGGACAGAGAGUCUCUCAAAGUUCAGGAUAAGCCUGGGCUUGCCAGUGGAAUCAAAUGAGAGGAACCAUUCUUCUCUCAUAGUGGUUGAUUAUUACAUUAUUUUCUUAAUGGCUGGUUUUUUGAGUUUCUGUGUCAACAGUGUUUUUUUCUAUUAAUGAUGCUGAUGUAUUGCUAAUAAGAUCCUAAAUUAAAAAAAGAAAAAAAACUUGUUCUUAACAGAUUA